CCACGCUCGCAUCCCGGUCGCUCCAGUGAGAGUCACACACCGCUCCCCACUGGCCGUUCAGAUACACUUCAACACGCCCACUGUUGGACGACGAGCCACCGACAAGCCUGGUGGCACCUAGCGGAUGAGGAUGAUGGAAGUAGGCCCAUCCGAUGGCGCCCGAGUUCUGCCGGAAAAAGCACCAGGGGUUGGACUCGCGAUCCGGGUUCCGGCAGUAGCUGUGUUCGCCGAGACCACGGCCCGGACCACCACCCCCUUCGAGAUGCGGCUCACCCCCCUCCUCCAAGAAAAGAGCGAAAUUGAAAAAUGGUGGAAGGCUUCCAGCUGGAGGGGAAGGAGAAAGAAGAGCAGCCUCCUUGAGUCCAAACAAUGCAAGAAUAGGAAAUGGCGGCAAGGUGAAUCGAGGGGGAAUGGAGAGCAUCAUGCGUGCCGUUACGUACCUGAGUUCUGGACCUCGUUUAAAUGGGGUCGACCGGGGGAAGGAAGGAGGAGGAGGAAGAAGAGAUGGAGGAGGAGGAAGAGAUGGAGGAUCUCCAACCAGGAGCGUUCAAAAGCAUAAAUGUGACCUUAAUUGGACCAUGUGGAGAAUGACCACGGUGACCCCUGUGCAGUCAAAUGAUCAACUUCUUCCUGCUGUUCCUUCCUUCAGGUGGCUACACAGAUGGAGGAGGACAGAAGAUGGAUGGAGGACUGACAAAUGGGUGCUGGCGUCCAAAGCUGCAUGUUGUUGAUUAUUUUCACAUCCAAAGCAUGAUUAAGGCAGAGUGGCUUCAGUUCCAGCACAGUGACAGGGGUGUCGUCUGCCUUUUGCCUGAAGUCAGUUGGGGCAAGCUCCAACUACAAGGGCCGUCCGCCGAGAUGUUAACGGACGUGAGCGUGGAAGAGGAGUUCGAGCUGAAGGAGGAAGAACCCUGGUACGACAAGCAUGACCUCGAACACGACCUCCAGCUGGCCGCAGAGCUGGGCAAGUCGCUGCUGGAAAGGAACCAUGAGCUGGAGCAGGGACUCCAGCAGAUGUACUCCACCAAUCAGGAGCAAGUGCAAGAGAUCGAGUACCUGGUAAAGCAGGUGGAGCUCCUGCGGCAGGUGAACGACCAGCACGCCAAAGUGUUCGAGCAGCUGGACGUGGCGUCUCGCGAGCUGGAGCAUAGCAACCGCAAGCUAACUCAGGACAACCGCAGUGCCCAGCACAAGAUCCGCGGGCUGAUGGAAACGGUAGAAGCGCUGCAGACGCGCGUGGACGAGCUGCAGCGGCAAGUUGACGACAUGAAAGUGGGACCCUCGCAGCUGGCCCAGGGGGGCCGGCGGAGGUGGCCCGGCGCCCAGAGUCUGGAGGAACUGCAAAAACUCAGGCAGUGUGACGGCGAUCCGGAAGAACCUCGUCUUGGUGUUGAGGGGCACGACGGUGUGCAGCGGUGGCACGAAGAGCAGCAGGCGUCGCUGCGCCGCUCGCUACGCAGCCUCCAGGCCCAGUACGCAGGAGAACGCGCCCGGCGAGAGGAGGCAGAGCGCGAGGCCGGGCUACUGAGUCGGCAGAGGGCCGUACUCGAGCGGCAGCUGGCUGGCAUGGAGACGUGCAGGAUGCGAGUGUCUGAGUUGGAGCGAGAAGCCGAGGAACUUCGCCACCUCUGGAAGUCUGAAUCCUUUUCCCGGCUGAACGUGGCAUACGCUCUCCCAGAGGAGGAGGAGGCGGAAGAGGAGCGUGACGGGGAAGCCAGUGGGCCGUUCCUCCGAAGCCAGCGACCCCUCAAGCGAUGGGCAAGCGAGCGUCUCCUCAAGACCAAACACAGCGCCGACCCCGCGGGUGAGCACGAGUGCUGGUGCGCCCAGAGGGGCGGGAAAGCGGAGCGUGGCGGUAUCUCGCUGCUCAACGAGGUGGACGCGCAGUACAGCGCUUUGCAGGUCAAAUAUGAGAAGCUGCUCAGGCGCUUUGGAUUACAGCAACAUCAGGAAGAAGAAGAGCACGAGCACCUUAGUCACAAGACUGUCCAGACAGUGGACUACAACGGCGGCUUUCACCAGCCUGAGUACAAGGAACUAUUCCGAGAGAUUUUUGCUCGCAUCCAGAAGACCAAAGAGGACCUGGAGAAAAGGGCCAGGCCACCUUGCACCUGAUGCAAUAUUCUGAAGCACAUGCUAGGGAAAGGGGGCAGGUGGGUGAGGUGCAGUUGAGUGAAGUCUUCUAGUCCUCAGCACUUGUUGGAGUUCAUUGGACACGCUAUGAAUUCCAAUGGAAACCUUUAUUUAUUGCCGUUUCUUUUGGGUCAGGCGAUCUGGCCUCAAUGUAAACUGCUAUAUUCUUCCUGCUAUUUUCUCUGUUGUUCCGCAACAUACAGUUGAGCACCGUGUCUUUGUCAAUGACUCCAUGGUUGCCUUCCUCCAGGCUCCUUUUUUUGACAUAUGCAAAGUAACAGUUGCUCCAUGGAGCGAGCAACUUAAGUUAGAAACUGCUUUUUUAGAUGAGCUGUUGACACCGAGUUUGUUAUUGGAACCAGUGCAUGUCGGUAAAGAUUUUUUUUUACAUUGCUUAGUAUGUCAUAAUAUCUAAUUGAGCAUAUUUACUGAAUCAGUGUCGCAUUAAAAAAUAAAAAAAAUAAAAAUUAAUUACCUUUAGCCACUGAAAUACGCUUUUCAAGGUAGGUGUGGUUCAUGACUUCACCAAAUAUAUCAUGAAUUACUCAGGCUGCGUCUCUUUUGGUCAUUGAAUAUUUUAUAAUAAAUUGUCAUCGACUGCAUUUCACAUACUGACCAGGAGAUGGCGACAACGUGGUGUCUGAAGACAAUGUAUUCUGUAAUACGAUAUGUUGCCGUAAUUUAUGGCACGGGAUGUACUUUUAUUCUGUGCCCUGAAAGCUAACAUUUCCAGGGUAAGCCAAAGCAGUCAUCAUAAGAGGCCGCCGGGUGGCGCCAGUGUGCAAAAUGCGGUUCACCCAGCAGGUGGAGAAGGUUGUCUUGGAUUAGGGCAGUGCUUCUCAAUUAUUUUCUGUUACGCCCCCCCCUAGCAAGAAGAAAACUAUUUGCGCCCCCCCUCCCCACCGUGACUAUCCUAACUUGUCUUGUAAGUCGUAAAAUGUUGCACUGUCGCAAACGUGACAGAAGUAACAAUGAGAGCGCCACUGCCCCCUGCUGUAGUAAAACGCGCAAUUACACUUUAUUCUAGUACUGCCAAAAAAAAAGCCUGUUCCCAGGGUCACACGCGCCCCCCCAGGAAUAGCACCGCGCCCCCCAAGGGGGGCGCGCCCCACUAUUUGAGCACUGGCCUAGGUGACUGAUUCACAAUUUGGUUUUGUCUGAUAUCAGAUAUUAAAUAAAGAAAGCCAACUGGCUGAUAGAUUUGUUUUAAUUGAGAGGGAAAAAAAACAGCAAAAGCAUUUCACUAGCUGACCAGGAGAUGGCGACAGCGUGGCAUCUGAAGACCAUGGAUUGUUUGUUCUGCUAUAGCCUAGGUGACUGAUUCACAAUUUGGUUUUGUCUGAUAAUAGAUAUUAAAUAAAGAAAACCAACUGGCUGAUUGAUUUGUUUUAAUUGAGAGAAAAAAAAACAUCAGCAAAAGCAUUUCACU